AUGCUGUUUUUUGGCUUUGUUGAUUGGAUUCUUUUGGUUGUGGCAGCCAUUGUUCUGCUGUACCUCUACACGUCAAGGCACCGGAACUACUGGAAAGACCAAAAUGUCGUCCACGAAAAGUACUCUCUCAUAUUAGGACCCAUCAGUCGAUUUUUAUUCAAACCCUUCCAUUUGAUGAACCAUGAACGAUACAUCAAGUACAGGAGAAUAUUUGGUGUCUUCGAGGGAAGCCAACCGGCACUCGUCGUUGCGGAUCCCGAAUUGCUGAAGCUGGUCUUGGUAAAGGACUUCGCCCGUCUGCCGGACAGAAGGCCCCUCCCGAUCGUUCAACCUCUACUGGAAGAAAUGAUGGCCUUCGCCACUUUGAAGAAAUGGAGAAAGCUGCGCCCCCCGGCGACUCCAGCAUUUGCUACGGGAAAGCUGCGCAAGAUGUACCCACGCAUAAACGACAGCAUCCAUUCUACAGUUCAGUUUCUCAAGGAGGCUGCUGAAAAGGACACAGAAAUGGACAUAAGGACCUUGUUCUCGGCCUACGCCCUAGACGCCAUUGCGAGAUGCGCCUUCGGCACGAAAAUGGAGUCGCGUAUCGAAGAGGUCAACGAUUUCGCCGCCAAAAACAAGUCCUCCAUCACGGGUCCUCAGACUGUUUUAGUCGCCAUUUCCCUGCUGUUCCCCGGUCUGGUGAAGCUUUUGAAGCUAGAUAUCUUCAAGUCCGAUUUGCUGACGUAUUUCAAGACCCUCUCGGAGACUAUCAUGGAGGAGCGAAAACACAAAGAAAACAGACAAGAUGACUUCUUGCAACUCAUGAUGGACGUGCAAGAAGAGAGCAGUUCUGCGGGCGCCGAUACCUCUCUCCAAGCUGACCACAAACUUUUCAAUCCAGACUCCGGCUCCAAAGCCAUUUUCAAGGAGAGGAAAGCCUUGACUAAAAGCGAGGCUCUUGCCCAGUGCAUCCUGUUCCUUCUCGCCGGCCGUGACACGUCCGCGGCGUUGCUGGCGCAUGCCGUCUACUUGCUCGCCCUGCACCCAGAUGCCCAGGCUAAGCUGAGGAAAGAGGCGGACGAGUGCUUCGAGAAACACGGAGAAGAGUUAACAAUGGACGUCGUUGGAAAGCUCGAGUAUGUUCAUGGGGUGGCUUCUGAGGCUCUGAGGAUGCUUCCACCUGCCACCAGGAUAGAACGAUUAGCCGCCGAGGACUACGUUCUCGGCGACACGGGCAUCAAGGUUCGCAAGGGGUGCCUCAUCGCGAUUCCCGUCUACUCAAUGCACCAUGACCCGGAGUACUUCCCUGAUCCCUUCAGUUUCAAACCAGAAAGAUUUAUCGGCGAGAAUAUCGAAUCGAUUCGUCCGUAUACCUACCUACCGUUCGGGGCUGGUCCUCGGAACUGCAUUGGCAACCGAUUUGCCCUGGAAGCCGUCAAGAUUGCCCUGCUCCACGUGGUCCGAAGCGUCGAAUUCUACCGCACCCGAAAUACUGCGGUUCCUUUGGAAUUCGUUCGUCGCCUCAGGUUUCUCCAAGCCAAAGACAUCACUGUAGGAAUUCGGAAGAGACCUCUGUGA